CGCGGAACGAAAUAAAACGAUGUUUGGUGCUUCAGGUGCUAAAUCAUCUGGGUUCUCAUUCGGAGCAACGCCAGUCACAUCAGCAGGAACAGGUGGAUUUACUUUUGGGACACCCUCUACACAGGCUAGCCAAAAUGUGACAUUUGGUGGUACUGGACAGACCCCCGCCACCAGCGGAACCACACCUUUCAACUUUGGAAGCACUCCAUCAUCCACAGGUGGCUUUAAGUUGGGAGGAACAACACCAGCCUUCCCUUCUACAAAAACAACCACACCCUCAACAGCAGGUUUUACAUUGGGAGGAGCAACAACACAGCCUGCAGGGUUUAAACUGGGAGCAGCUGCUACUUCCACCCCUGCAUUUCCUGGAUCCACCACCACUGCUAGCACGGCUCCUACAGUGGGCUUUGCUCUACCUAUACCCAGUACAUCAGCCGGAUUGGGAGGGGGACUUACUGGGGGGAUACGACCUACACUCACCAGUACAUCAUCCACUGCUGGAGGAUUCCCAAGCUUCAGCAAUCCCUCGUUGACCAAACCCACAGGUUUACUAGGAGCCACCACCGCCACAGGCAGUAUAUUUGGGACCCCGGCUACCACAUCACAGACUGUGGGCUUAGGAGGGGUGGAUCCAAAAACUUCAACAGCUACAUCUGGUGGAUUAACAGUAGACCCUAAAGCAGGAGAUGGGAAAACUUUGAAGAAGAGUCAAAUUCCUCCAGAAAUUAUGAAGACAGUAGAAGAUUUCAAGACUUAUGUGAAGGAGGAGAAGACGGAACAGGAGGGGAUUUCCCGGAUGUCAUCUAAACCGAUGUACAAAGUCCAGCAGGACGUGGCGUCCCUCAAACAGCUCUUGUCUAUCGUGUCUAACGGACUCCAGAGGAAUGCGUGUGCUGUGGAGAAACUAAAGAGGGAAAUGACUCAAGAACUGAAGAAUGCAGAAAUGGCACAAAGAACAAAGGACAUCCCUGCUGGACUCCAGUAUGAGAACACGGCUCCUACAGAAUAUUUCCAGCAACUGGUGGAGGAUUUUGAGACCCAGAUGUUGACCUACAGGCAGCAGAUAGAGACCCUGGAGGGACAUCUUCAUUCUAUCAGUCAACCCAGUAUAUUGUCACCUGAAGAGCUGAUUGAUCUAUUGAGAAAGCUACAUGAAGCAUUCAUUGCUCUAGCAGCUCAGCUACAUCAGGUCCAUGAAGCGGUGAAGACCCAGAAGGAGCACUAUUUAAACUACAGAAAAAUAUUCCUUCACGACACAAAAAACAUUUUUGAACGAGAGAAGAAGCCAGUGAAAGCUAAGGUCGUCGUGGAUCACUUUGGUCCUAGUCCUUUCUCUGGCCUCUCUAAUGCUGCCGCUGUUGCCAUGGCGUCUGCCCUAACAAAGUCUCAGCAGCCAGCCAGUGCCCCUCCCGUAGCGAGACUGGGGGCCCUAGGACAGACAACGGGAGGGUUUGGUUCUACAGGACUGUUUGGAGCUACUACUACCACAGCCCCCACAUUUGGAUUCGGUUUAGGAGCCACAACUACAACAGCGGGAUUUGGAGGGUUUGGUUCCACCACCACCACCACCACUACAAGUUCAGGUUUCAGCUUCACUGGCUUGAACACCGCCACAGUUCGUCCAUUAGGUUAGUGGUGGUUUUGGGACCCCUACUACCACAACACCAUCACUGUUCGGAACUCCUCAGACAGGACAAACCACUCCAGCAUUUGGGUCUCCUCAGCUGUUUCCCUCUGGGGGAGGUGAACAACCGUUCCAGCUGAAUAAGCCACCAGGAACCAAAAGGAACAAACGAUAGAUAAC